UUCAGGGUUCAAGGGAAAGAUCCAGAGCGACAGUCCCAUGUGAUGCUUGUAACCAUACGACAGCAUUCAGAAAGUUUCAGACUAUUGAGUUGUUAAUCCAAGGCUUCAGGUAACUCCAUUCAGCUCUGCAAGUUGUGAUCCAUUUGUAGCUGAGUUAGCUACAGUAAUUUUUAUGUGUUUACUUUACUGUUGAGCUAUCCGUUUAGCUGAUUGCAUUCGGUUAAUGGUGGUUAAUGGCAUUCAGGUUACGGUAUUCAGGUAACUGCAUUUAACCUCAGUUAACUUUUACAGCCAGCCAGUUAGCUGACUGCGUUGAGUAAACGGUGCCUAGCUGCCUUGAGCUUGUCGCAUUCAUCUAACUGCAUUUAACGGCAGUUCAUGGAACGGUUCGGCUAACUGUUGAGCUAAAGGUUCUAACUGCCUGCAGGUUACAGCAUCACCCAACCGCUCAUAUAUAACUCUGUGUAGAAUGUGAAUCCGUCAGCUAACAGCACUGAGCUGACCUUUCAGGUAGGUGCAGAUAGACUUAACGGCCUUAAACUGACCUUAAACCACUAGUACACGGCCCCAGCCUUGCAGUCCAAAACUUGUCGCCACAAGAAAACGAGGCAGAAACGGCAAAUGCGGGCCUGCCGUUGAUAAAUUGGAUCGGCGGUCGCGUUUUCGUUUCGCGCCUCCAGAAUUUGAGGUGUCAGGCACACGCGGGCCUGCCCAUGUACUGGUGCUUUUAACUCGCUGGACUGACUCAAUCAACCGCGUAACUGCAUUUUAAGGGUGUGUCCGAUUCAGCUAACUUGAAAGGGUAUAUAAUGCAGGCUUGGAAAUGAAGGUGGCUCUUGAUCCUGUAAUGCGCUUUUGGAAAUGCAUUUGUGGAAAAUAACGCAAUUUUGGAAAUGCAAUCGGAUCGGAGCAAGUGACGAUUGGAUGGACAGGGGUCUUACUGUUCUCACAGUUCUUCACAAAUGAAGGUAGCUGCCGAUAAAGUUCUGAGGAAAUGGUAAACAUGAAGCUGUAGGGUUUCCACCGCAAUGCAUCCGUUGAUAUCCGUGGAUUGCGAUCCUGAGUUUCCAUCAAGAAGAGUGGUUAGUUUUCACAUUGCGAAAUUGAAAAUUCAGUAGUGUGUUUAAUAUCUUUGCAGUCUCUGAGCGCAGAAAAGUCUUUCUGCAGACAUGGCGUCUGCUGUCGGUGUGGAUACCUUCGCCUCUCUUGAGGGUAGGAAGGCUGUGCACCAGUACAGUAAGGCUUUGGAGGAGGAGGAAGAGCGGUUGGCUCAACUGAAACAGUAUGUAGCCGACAAUGACAGCCUUGCGCGAUUGGUGGUCGAGCUUCCGGACCGAGUCGAUCACAAAGUCAUGGUCCCGUUCGGCAAGAAGGCGUUCUUCCCGGGACGGCUCGUUCACACGAACGAGUUCCAUGUUCUUAUUGGCGAAGGCUAUUAUGUCGAACGAUCGGCACGGCAGACGAUCGACAUCUUGCAAAGACGACGAGGGUACUUGACGUCGAAGGUGAACGCCGUCCAGCUUCAGGUAAACGACCUUCGGAUGCAGCAUUCGUUUGUAGCAGAGACCGUGAAUGCGGAUGGGUUGGGUGUUGUUGAGAUACGCGAGCCGUACGAUGAGGCAGCAGAAAGAACAGAAUCAUCGCGCACAGGAAGUUCUGGAGCACGGAACGGCAUAUCAGAUGGUGUGACAACUGCACCGAGGGAGGCGAAAGGUGCCGGAAGUAAUGAUGGACAGGCUCGGAGUUCUGAGGGUGCAGCGGCGAUGGGAGAAGGCACUGCGGGGAAGACGAGAGAGGAAGACGAGAUUGAGCACAAGCGGUUGAUGGCUCGCUUGGAUGAGCUGGAGAAGUUGGAAGCAAAAGCUGCUGAAGAAGAUGAGGACACGGAAGAAGAUGAGGCUGUGGAGGAAGAAGAUGAGGAUGGCAACAGAGAGACUUAUUUGCGACCUGGUUGGUGGGCAAAGGAAGCAAAUGCAGAUGCCCAUCGUAGUGGGAAGAAACUCUCAAAGCGCCCUGAUGCCCAGGAAGUGGAAGAGGAUGCUGAUGCAUCUGACAUGGAAGAGGAUUAUGACAGUCAGGAGGAGCAAGAGGAUUGGGAGGGGGAAGGAAAAGCAGACGAGGCAGAGGAGGAGGAAGGAGAAGAUGUGGAGGAGGAGGAGGAGGAAGAAGAGGAGGAGGAGGAAGAGGAGGAAGAGGAGGAGGAAGAAGACACAGAGGAGGAAGAAGGCACGGAGGAGGCGGAGGAGGAGGAGGAAGAUGUCGAGGAUGAGAAUCAAGAUGAGGCAGUGGCAGCUGCAGCGGAGUUGGGAUGGAACGGAAGAGAGCGGAUUGAGGGAGAGGAUUUGACCUCUGAUGCAGAGAAUGUGGCUGCGGUUUCAGGACAACUGAAAGUCUUGGAUGUGGCACAACACAAUCCCCAAGUGUCUGGGAUGGACAGGCAAACAACAGUUGAAAGAACGGAUAGCACAGGACGAAGUCGACAG